CUGUAGCGGUAAUAAGCACAGAAUCUAAACCUAAGAGGACUGAUGCAGCAGUGUCCUUGUUCCAUGCAAGACAGCAAGAUGAGAUUCCUGUGGUUUCUGGCAUCAGGGAUCCAUUAUCUGUUCUUCCUACUGUUUUCCAUCUUCUUAGCAGUCACUGGCACGACAAUCUCCACCAAUACCGCAGUGCCCCCAGUGGCUAUCAAUGGUAGUACAUCACAGGCUAGAAGUACCACCCUGGCACCAGCAAAUCCUAAUUCUACCAAGAGUCCCUUCAGUGGCCCAACUGCACGGUCGGUCAGCACUACCAUCAGCACUGCUCCUGAACCUUCACUGUCCACCAACACAGCUGUACCUACAAGAGAAGACAUCACAGCUGUUACAGCGCUGGCCACUAAUGGCUCCCAACUAUCAAGCACAAGUGGCAUCACUGCCCCACCAAUGGACAACACUGCACUGCCAGAGGACAACAUCUCAGCUCCAUCAGCUGGAACCAGCACUAGUAACACUGCAUCAGGCACAAGUCCACAGGAACGAUCACUGAAGUACUGGGGAAUCAUUCUGAUUUCAUUGGUGGUGACUGCAGCUGCUGUUGCUGGAUUUAUUGGUUGUUGCUUCUAUUGUAGAAAACUAGCUGAAAGGCAGCCUUCCAUUUCAGAUCAAGAUGAUCACACAAAAUAA